UCCUGAACAGGAGACUCUCUUAAUUACUACAUUAAGUGUUUUUAAUAAGAUAGCAACUGUUUUCUUCAAAGAACACAUACUCAUAAGGCCCCCAACCAUAACAGGACCCUUUAUUUGGGUGAAAUAUUACACUGUAGUCAUCGAAGCAGGUUAAUCAAGGUUUACUUUAGAACCAGAAACAUUAUUUCCAUGCGGGUAGGCCACCAUCCACCUUAUUGUGCCAUAAACUUGUUUACAUCAACACCUAGACCAAUCCCAGUAAAAGGUUAACAUCUAUGCACCUGGAAGCAACAACACACACAUCACUGGUUUCUGCUGUUAAAUAUUAAUCAGAAAUAAACCUGCAGCAAUAAAUUAACUCUUCUCGGAAAAACACUAAAGGAAACGUCUGUGUUGAUCAGUGUGCUAAUUGGCCGAGUCGUGACAAUGACCUGCAGUUAUUCAUCAUUAUUUAACAAACUACGGAAAGACCAGAACCGAUAUUCUGACAACUCUGUGAUCGACCAAACAAACAAGUAUGACAACCCGUCCAUUGAAAACACUCCUGUCUGGAUAACCGGAAAUACAGUUCAAGCUGGGGGAGGAGGCAGUCGGUGGCGUGAAGGAAAUCUCCCUUGGUUUGAGGACAGAUACGUCAGGUUGCUUCUUGCACUCAGGAUCACGAAGCUGUAAGAGAGUGUUGGUGGCUUACAAGCACAAAGCAAGAGCAGCGGAGAUCUCCAAACCUCACCCAAAGCACGGCAGCCACAGAGGACCAUGGCAUUUGCAGGGAUGUUGAGCGACGAGGACAUACAGGCUGCGGUCCAGGCUUGUCAAGCUCCAGGCACAUUCAACUUCAAGUCAUUCUUUGAACAAGUUGGACUGACUGGCUUAUCUGAAGCAGACAGGAGAAAAGUGUUUACAGUCCUGGACCAAGACAAGAGCGGAUACAUCGAAGAGGAGGAGCUCAAACUAUUUCUUCAGAAUUUCUCUCCGGGGGCCAGAGAGCUGACUGUGGCUGAAACCAAAGCUCUGAUGGCUGCUGGGGAUAAAGACAGUGAUGGCAAGAUUGGAAUAGAAGAGUUCUGUGAUCUCCUGAAGUAAAGAGAAGUUACAUACACAUAUGACCGAGGCUGUCUACCCUUGUUCUGAAUAAUGGAUUUGCAAUGGAGAUCUUGACUUUCUGGAUUGUUUCAUGCAAAGACCAAAAACCUCACAAAAUCUGUACCUGCUUGCUGCUCUCCCUGUUCAUGUGAUGCUAUGUUGUAUAAGAUGUUUAGUAGACAGAUGACCAAAGUUGGAUUUUAAACAUGUUUGUGUUUAAUCAAUCAGGUACCUUGAAUGGAUUAAUAAAUGUAGACUAUUAAAGAAGUAAACUUACUCUUUGCUUGUCUUUUUUAUAUAUAUACAUAUAAAGUUAAAUAGACGCAAAUAGAUGCAUUAAGCAUUAUAUACUAUUCAUUCAUAUUCCAUGACUUCACAUAGCUCAGUUCAGGUUUAGCCCUGGGUCAAAAAUUGCCUCAUAAUAAGUAUCUACAACAGUCUAUUUAGAAUGUAUAAAUUGCAUUCUUCUCAUAUAUUAAUACAUUAAAAAAUAAUUCUAAAUUGGUAAUAUUACAGAGGUGUAAUUCUUCAUUUUAAAAGAAAAAAAUAUCUAUUUUCACAAAGUAUCAUGUUGUGUUUUACCUCAGUCAAGAAGGUGUAGCACUGCUUUAUUAUGUUUUAUGUUUUAUUAAAAGUGAAAUG